AUUUCACCUCUUAUCUAUAUAUACAACACACUCGCUACGUAAUCCCAUCACCGAUCUUCUCACAUGCACUAAAAAUCCAAUUUCGUUUCCAUUUCGAUUUUUCAUCAUGGCUCAAAAUCAACAGUAUUAUGGCCGUGGGCAGCCACAACAGCAUCAGCUUUCUCAUCAGGUAGCCAAGACCACCGCCGCCGUCACAAUCGGUGGCUUCCUCAUGGUUCUAUCCGGGCUAACUCUGGCGGCCACAGUCAUAGGGUUCUUGGCUUCAGGAGGGUUUGGUGCAUCUGCCAGUUUUGUAUUUUACUGGAUGUAUAGAUAUGCAACUGGGAAACACCCAAUCGGGGCGGACGAGCUCGAUCGGGCUAGAGAAAAGCUUGCGCAUACUGCUCAUGAUAUGAAGGAGAAGGUGGAGCAAUUUGGGCAGCAUCACAUCAAGGGUAGCCAAGAUAAUUGAAGGAAAAACUGUUGGAUAAUGUAGGUUUGUGCACCUUUGGAACUUCUGUAUCUUAAUUUCAGUUUAGUUGGAUAAAAUGUUCGUAGAGUUUCGCGUGCUUUAAUGUAUGAACAUGUUCCAUAAUUAUGUUGUUGUUUAUUUUUUAAUCGCAGGCUACUGGUUCAUUAUUU